AUGCGGCCAUCAAGAAUGCCCUCUCCAAUAUUAUCUGGACAAGUCUCUCAACACGCUUACCAUACAAACCUAUCAGAGACACUCCCACACGAAAUCACGCCGGUCUUAUCACCCAGUAUGACCCCCCUAUCAACUUUCUCAACUUCCUCUUAUCCAAGCUCGGCCACCAUCUCCGACACGCUUUCGUCCCGCAGCUCUGCACAUCCCCCCUUUCAAUCCUCCAAUCAUCAGCUGGAAUUCUUUUCGCCCUUAACCAGUCCUGCUCUUAGGCCGCUGGGACAUCACGACUCAGCUCAGAUCAAUAGAGCCGAGAUCCAUCAUCAAGCGCCUGCAAACUUUCAAACUGUCACACAUGCUAUGCCAGCUUUGAUCGAUCAAGCCGCUACCCUAGGUCUAUCAGCACACCAGUCUUUCAUGGUCGGCGAUAGGAUCUCAGCUAGCGCGAGUGCAUCUCAAUCUGAUCACAAUCACAAGCCUCCUCCCCAGUUGUCAUCACAAACUCAUCUCACCCAGCCUGCCUCGACGAUCUUUCUAUCUCAAUCGAACUUUAUUCCCCACCCAGACUCUGUAACAACAACCAAUCCAGCACCGCCAAUACCCGAUGUCGGACCCUGCCAAAAUGAUCAUACCAACCAAUCGCCCAUUUUACAUCCCCAUCAUUCUUCCUCGAAUAGUAUAAAUAUGCCUGCGACUCCAUCGACUUCCUCCACCAAACUUUCCGGCCGCCAAAGACCCUCUCGCAGCAGUAAAAGUCGACCUAGCCCGUUGAUCCGGCCCUUAGACAAAGCUACAGAAAUUUGCGCAGAUAGGAGUAGCUCUGCGAAACGAGCUCGGAGUCUCACGGGAGCUUCGGUUUCGAUGAGUCCGAGUUUCCCAAGUGGGCUGGCGAAGAUGGGCCUGGCCGAUUCACCAAGUCCAAUCGAUAUGCAAUCCAGAGAGCUCAAUUCAAUCUCUUCAUCGUCGUCAUCCGUUGUAGAGAAUCCUGCAACCAGUUCACACGCUCUUCCUGCCAUGCCUCCACCACAGGCCCUAUCAUCCAUACCGUCCAACCCGAAUGAAUGGCGCCUGCAACCCAUGACACCGGCAAGCCUGUUCAAUUUUGAAAAACCCCUGGCAGCAGAGGCUCCAAUGGGCAAACCAACCGACAACUUUCAAGGAGCUGAAAAUGGAGGCUGUGGAAAAUGGAAAACUGUCGAGGAGACUUCCGAAUACGGUCAAAGAUCCGGGCAGACCAACCAGUCGGCGGUAAACGACCAAGAAUCUGCUGGAAAUUUUGAUAAAUGUCUGCAAGUCGAACAGCCAAGUCAGAGUACUGGAUCCAGUAGAUCAGGCUCAAAAGAAAAAACAAUAUUGAAUUCAGGAAGAAGCAGAUCAAAAGACACCAAUCCAAAAAGAAAAAAAAAUGGAGCAAACAAAGUAAGAUUAGAUUCGAUGGCGACGAUGAACGACGAAGAAGAAGGACCGGAGCACCGGAGGAGUUCGCACAAAGUAGCAGAACAACGACGACGAGAUAGUUUGAAGAUGUGUUUCGAGGAUCUCCGACACAUCUUACCACCGAUCCAAUGGAAUGAGAAGGAGGAAGGCCAAGCGCAGGAGAAAAGGCCCGGAGAAGGCAACGUUGGCGGACAACGAAGCAUGAAUGCAUUUGAUCCGUCGAAUCCGAAUAAAGGGAUGAGUAAGGUGGCUCUGCUGAGAAGGUCGAAUGAGUAUAUCUUGAGGUUGAAGGAGCGUUUGAAAAGGAGAGAUGGGGCGAUCGAGAUGUUGGUACAGAUGCUCGCUGACCAACCCCUCGGCAGCCUUUCCAGCCAAUCGAAUGCUCCCCAAAAGACACAGGAAGCCAAAGAAGCGGACGGUCCGAAUGGUGGCAGUCCGAGUCGGCCUAGCACUAGCAGUACGCAUGGCCAGCUCAAAGCCCAAGACGCUCUCCAAGCCCUCGAAGAUAGUUUCUCGCAUGGUCACAAUCAAGAGGUGGUCGCUGGGUUGAGGACGAUUUUGAACGAGAUCCGGAUGGAAAAACAGGAGGAUAAAGACGACCAUCGUCUCAAUCAUUCUAACCACACCGAUCGACGUCGGGGCAGCUUUAGCGGCGAAGAGCUUGAUUAG